AUGGAUCCUGACCAAAGCAUCAAGGGUACCAAGAAGGCUGAUGGAAGUCCCCGGAAGCGGCUGACCAAAGGAGAGGCCAUUCAGACUAGUGUUUCUUCCAGCACCCCAUACCCAGGCAGUAGCACUGCUGCUUCCUCAGAGAGUGCCACCCAGGAGCUCCUAGCCCCGCAGCCUUUCUCAGGCCCCUCAGUGGGCCUCAGGGAAGGCUCUCAGGAGAAAACGGGCCAGCAGCAGAAGCCUCCCAGGAGGCCCUCGAUCGAGGCCUCAGUCCACAUCUCGCAGCUUCCACAGCAUCCUCUGACACCAGCAUUUAUGUCCCCUGGCAAACCAGAGCAUCUCCUCGAGGGUUCCACGUGGCAGUUGGUUGACCCCAUGAGACCUGGACCCUCGGGCUCCUUUGUGGCCCCUGGGCUGCAUCCGCAGAGCCAGCUCCUCCCAUCCCACGCUUCCAUCCUUCCUCCUGAGGACCUGCCUGGCAUCCCUAAGGUCUUUGUGCCCCGUCCCUCACAGGUCUCCCUGAAGCCCACAGAAGAGGCCCACAAGAAAGAGAGGAAACCGCAGAAGCCAGGGAAGUAUAUCUGCCAAUACUGCAGCCGGCCCUGCGCCAAGCCCAGUGUGCUCCAGAAGCACAUCCGCUCACACACGGGCGAGAGGCCCUACCCCUGCGGCCCCUGCGGAUUCUCCUUCAAGACCAAGAGUAACCUCUACAAGCACAGGAAAUCCCAUGCCCACCGCAUCAAAGCCGGCCUGGCUUCGGGCGCCAGCGGUGAAGUGUACCCUCCUGGGCUGGAGAUGGAGAGGAUCCCCGGGGAAGAGUUUGAGGAGCCCACCGAGGGAGAAAGCACGGACUCCGAGGAAGAAACCGCUACCACGUCAGGGCCCUCCACAGAGGCUCUCCCCAAAUCUAAGCACCCCUUGCUCUCAAGUACCUUGUUUAGCUCCGGGAGCCACGGCUCAAGCCAGGAACGCUGCUCCCUGUCCCAGUCAAGCACCGCCCCGCCCCUCGAGGACCCUACCCCGUUUGCAGAAGCCUCGUCUGAGCAUCCCCUGAGCCAUAAACCGGAAGACACACAUACCAUCAAGCAGAAGCUGGCACUCCGCCUGAGUGAGAGGAAGAAGCUGAUCGAGGAGCAGACGUUCCUGAGCCCCGGCAGCAAAGGCAGCACGGAGUCUGGGUAUUUCUCCCGUUCUGAGAGCGCUGAGCAGCAGGUCAGCCCCCCCAACACCAACGCCAAGUCCUACGCAGAGAUCAUCUUCGGAAAGUGUGGGCGGAUUGGGCAGCGGACUUCCACCUCCACCCAGCCCCUGCUGCCCCUGUCUGCUGAGGACAAGCCCAGCUUGGUGCCUUUGUCCGUGCCCCGGACACAGGUGAUUGAACACAUCACCAAGCUCAUCACUAUCAAUGAGGCCGUGGUGGACACCAGUGAGAUCGACAGUGUGAAGCCCAGGAGGAGCUCUCUAACCAGGCGCAGCAGCGUGGAGUCCCCGAAAUCCAGCCUCUACCGGGAGUCACUAUCGUCCCACGGGGAGAAGACGAAGCCGGAACAGUCGCUGCUGAGCUUCCAGCCCCCGCCCGGCUCCGCGCACCCUGUGCCCCUCCUGAGAAGCCACUCAAUGCCUUCUGCCGCCUGUACCAUCAGCACCCCCCACCACACCUUCCGUGGGAGCUACUCCUUCGACGACCACAUUGCUGACCCCGAGGCCCCCAGCCGCAGCACUCCCGUGUUUACCUCCCACCCACGGAUGCUGAAGCGCCAGCCAGCCAUUGAACUACCUUUGGGAGGCGAGUACAGUUCCGAGGAGCCCGGACCAAGCAGCAAAGACCCCGCCUCGAAGCCGUCUGAUGAACCAGAACCCAAGGAAGGCGACCUUACCAAAAAGACCAAGAAGGGGUUGAAAACGAAAGGCGUGAACUAUGAAUGUACCAUCUGUGGUGCUCGGUACAAAAAGCGAGAUAAUUACGAAGCUCAUAAGAAAUACUACUGCUCUGAGCUCCAGAUCACAAAAGCCCAGUCUUCAGGUGCUCAGGAAGUGGAAAAGACUCAGGCUGAGCCUGAGCCAUGGUCCCAGAUGAUGCAUUACAAACUAGGGGCCACCUUGGAACUCACUCCACUGAGAAAAAGGCGGAAGGAAAAGAGCCUUGGGGAUGAGGAGGAGCCGCCAGCCUUUGGCAGCCCUGGCCCGUCAGACACAGCUCGUCACCUUCCCCCGGAGUCCACCAAGUCACCAGCAGAACCAAGCAAAUCAGUGCCCUCUUUAGAGGGACCCACGAGCUUCCAGCCAAGGACUCCCAAGCCAGGAGCUGGGUCAGAGCCAGGGAAGGAAAGGAGAGCAAUGGCCAAAGAAAUUUCUGUCAUCCAGCACACCAGCUCCUUUGAGAAGUCUGAGCCACCAGAGCAGCCCAGCAGCCUGGAAGAAGACAAGCCCCUGGCCCAGUUCUCAUCCCCACCUCCUGCCCCGCACGGACGCUCAGCUCACUCCCUGCAGCCGAGGUUGGUCCGCCAGCCCAACAUUCAGGUUCCAGAGAUCCUGGUGACCGAAGAACCGGACAGGCCCGACACAGAGCCCGAGCCGCCCCCAAAAGAGCCUGAGAAGACAGAGGAGUUCCAGUGGCCCCAGCGCAGCCAGACACUGGCACAGCUCCCAGCGGAGAAGCUGCCACCCAAGAAAAAGAGACUCCGCCUGGCCGAAAUGGCCCAGUCUUCAGGGGAGUCCAGCUUUGAGUCCUCCGUGCCUCUGUCUCGAAGCCCAAGCCAGGAGAGCAGCAUUUCUCUGAGUGGCUCCAGCCGUUCCGCUUCAUUCGACAGGGAAGACCAUGGAAAAGCUGAGACCUCUGGACCCUCAUCAGACACACGUUCCAAACCCUUGGGCACCCACAUGCUGACUGUCCCCAGCCACCACCCGCAUGCCCGAGAGAUGCGAAGGUCAGCCUCAGAGCAGAGCCCCAACGUGCCCCAUUCCUCACACAUGACUGAGAGCCGAAGCAAAUCUUUUGACUACGGCAGCUUGUCCCCAACAGGGCCAUCUGUAGCAGUGCCUACAGCUCCGCCACCCCCAGCUGCCCCACCAGAAAGAAGAAAGUGCUUUCUGGUGAGACAGGCCUCCCUGAACAGACCUCCAGAAGCAGAACUGGAGGUCACUCCCAAGGGAAAACAAGAGAGCAGUGAGGAGCCCUCAGCCAGCAAGCCUUCCUCCAAAAGCUCCCUGCCCCAGAUCUCAGGGGCCACCACGCAAGGUGGACCCUCAGGAGGCAAGAGCCAGAGGCAGGACAGGCCCCUGCUGGGGUCCAGCCCACCUUACACAGAAGCCCUGCAGGUGUUCCGUCCUCCUGGCACCCAGCUGGCCCCACCGGCUUCCCUCUUCUCCUUGCAGCAGCUCUUGCCGCAGGAGCAAGAACAGCCCUCUGAGUUCUUCCCUACGCAAGCAAUGGCCGGCCUCCUCUCCUCCCCCUACUCCUUGCCCCCACUCCCACCCUCCUUGUUCCAAGCCCCACCACUUCCUCUGCAGCCUACCGUGCUACACCCCAGCCAGCUCCAUCUCUCCCAGCUCCCACCCCACCCUGCAGACAUCCCCUUCCGUCAUCCCCCUUCCUUCCUCUCUGUGCCAUGCCCUGCCUCCUCAACCCUCUCUGGGUAUUUUCUGCCUCUGCAAUCCCAGUUUGCACUGCAGCUCCCUGGUGAAAUGGAAAGCCGCUUGCCCCCAGUCAAAACCAGCCUGGCCUCUCUUGCGACAGAACCUCCCUGCCCCUCCAGCAGCACAGAAUACAUCAGUGACAUCCAGCUCCCCCCUGUGAUUCCCCCGGCCACCUCUCCGGCUCCCACAUCAGCCCCACCACUUGCCCUGCCUGCCUGUCCAGAUGCUAUGGUGUCACUGGUUGUUCCCGUCCGCAUCCAGACCCACAUGCCGUCCUAUGGGAGCGCCAUGUACACCACUUUGUCUCAGAUCUUGGUCACACAGUCUCAAGGCAGCUCGGCAAGCAUGGCUCUUACCAAGUAUGAGGAACCCUCCUGCAAAGGGAUGACUGUGUGUGGAGUUGAUGUAUACGAGGCUGGGCCUGGGCCAUCUAGCAUCAGCAAGGAACAAAGCAGAGGUUUCCAGACACCAUAUCUGAGAGUGCCUGAAAGGAAAGGAACUUCACUGUCCUCUGAGGGUGCCCUGAGCCUGGAAGGGUGCUUAUCCACAGCCAGUGGAAGCAAGCGUGUCCUCUCCCCAGCUGGCAGCCUUGAACUUACCAUGGAAACCCAGCAGCAGAAGAGGGUAAAGGAGGAGGAAGCUUCCAAGGCAGAUGAAAAACUGGAGCUUGUGAGCACCUGCAGUGUCGUGCUGACGGGUACAGAGGACAGGAAGAGGACAGAGAAACCCCAUGUGGGAAGUCAGGGCUGGAGCAGGAGGGAGGCAGAAACACUGUCCAGCUUGUCUUCAGAUCCAUCUGGCUCAAAAGAGCUUUCUCCCCUCUCUCAUCCAACAUUGUCCCAUGGGGCAUCUCCAGGCUCAGAAGCUUUGAAGGAAUAUGCCCAACCAUCUAGCAAAGCUCACCGAAGAGGUCUGCCUCCACUGAGUAUAAAGAAAGAAGAUCCAAAGGAACAGACUGACCUCCCUACCCUGGCACCCCCUAGCUCUCUGCCUCUGUCAGACACUUCCCCCAAACCAGCCAAAUUGCAAGAAGGUACGGACUCAAAGAAGGUACUGCAGUUCCCCAGCCUCCACACGACCACUAAUGUCAGUUGGUGCUAUUUAAACUACAUUAAGCCAAAUCACAUCCAGCAUGCAGAUAGGAGGUCCUCUGUGUACGCUGGUUGGUGCAUAAGUUUGUACAACCCCAACCUUCCAGGGGUUUCCACUAAAGCUGCUUUGUCCCUCCUGAGAUCUAAGCAGAAGGUGAGCAAAGAGACAUAUACCAUGGCCACAGCUCCGCAUCCUGAGGCAGGAAGGCUGGUUCCAUCCAGCUCCAGAAAGCCCCGCAUGACAGAGGUGCACCUCCCGUCGCUGGUUUCCCCGGAGAGCCAGAAAGACCCAGCUAGAGUGGAGAAGGAAGAAAAGCAAGGGAAGGCGGAGGAGGGUACUCCCACUUCCAAGAGAGGAGAACCGGCGAGGGUCAAGAUCUUCGAAGGAGGGUACAAAUCAAACGAAGAGUAUAUAUAUGUGCGAGGCCGCGGCCGAGGGAAAUAUGUUUGUGAGGAAUGUGGAAUUCGCUGCAAGAAGCCCAGCAUGCUGAAGAAACACAUCCGCACCCACACUGACGUCCGGCCCUAUGUGUGCAAGCACUGUCACUUUGCUUUUAAAACCAAAGGGAAUCUGACUAAGCACAUGAAGUCGAAAGCCCACAGCAAAAAGUGCCAAGAGACGGGGGUGCUGGAGGAGCUGGAAGCCGAAGAAGGAACCAGUGAUGACCUGUUCCCGGACUCAGAGGGGCGAGAAGGCUCCGAGGCUGUGGAGGAGCACCAGUUUUCAGACUUGGAGGAUUCUGACUCAGACUCAGACCCGGAUGAAGAUGACGAGGAGGAAGAGGAGGAGGAGGAGAGCCAGGAUGAGCUAUCCAGGCCAUCUUCAGAAGCAGCUCCACUCUGCCUGCCGACCACACCACAGGAGGACUCCUCACCCAUUCCGGGCCCUCAGCCUCCAGAUUCCACUUCUGACGAGGUCCCACAAGGCAGCUCCACCUCAGAAGCCACGCGUUUGACAGCCAGCAGUUGUUCCACACCUAGCCGGGGUACCCCAGGCCUUCCCUGGCUGGGACUGGCCCCGCUAGAGAAGGGCAUGAGCUCAGUCCUGAGCCCCAAGGCCACGUCCCCUCGGAGACCAUGGUCCCCAAGCAAAGAAGCAGGCAGCCGUCCCUCACUCACUCGCAAACAUUCACUCACCAAAAAUGACUCGUCUCCCCAGCGAUGUUCACCGGCCCGAGAGGCUCAGGCCUCGGACACGAGCACAUCUGGCCCCCAUAUGGGCCCAGGAAGGGACAUGGGUCCUCAUCUCUGUGGGUCUCCCAGACUGGAGCUGUCUCCUCUCACUCCCCACCCCAUAGGAAGAGAAGUGCCCCCCGGAGCACCUCUGACCCCUGGACUCAAGAGUGCCACAGACACAGGCGCCCCCAGAUGUUCACCCACCAGGAGAUGGUCUCUGGGUCAGGCUGAGUCACCAGCACAGUCAGUGCUGCCAGGGAAGUGGGCCCUGGCUGGGCCCUGCAGCCCCUCGGUGAGCAAGUGUGGCCUGGGCUUGGGGCCGGUUCCACGGGCUCUCCUCCAGCCCGUGCCUCUACCUCACACACUUCUCAGCAGAAGCCCUGAACUGUGCACCUCUGCAUGGCAGAAGACUGAGUCCCGAAGUCCAUCAGCUGGCCCUGCUCCUCUCUUCUCCCGACCACUCUCUACCCCUCAUGACUUCCACGGCCACCUCCCCAGCCGAAGUGAGGAAAACCUCCUCAGCCACCUGCCUCUGCAUUCCCAGCACCUGAGCCGCGCCCCCUGCCCCCUCAUUCCCAUCGGUGGGAUCCAGAUGGUACAGGCCCGGCCAGGAGCCCACUCUACCCUGUUGCCAGGGCCCUGUGCAGCCUGGGUCAGCGGCUUCUCGGGGGGCGGCAGUGACCUAACUGGGGCCCGAGAGGCCCAGGAGCGCAGCCGCUGGAGUCCCACGGGGAGCCCUUCGGCAUCAGUGUCCCCUGUGGCCAAGGUCUCCAAGUUUACACUCUCUUCAGAGCUGGAGGAGGAAAGGACCGGCAGAGGCCCAGGAAGACCCCCCGACUGGGAAACUCAGAGGGCCGAAGGCCCUGCAGAACCCAUGGGCAUACACAGACCUUACUCCCCACAGCCGCCCCGGGGCCGCCAGGUGACACCAUCCUGGAGCGCCACCCUCUUGGAGUCACCACACACACUGGCUAACCUAAAAGCCUCAAGCUUCCCACCACUGGACCGCAGCAGCUCCAUGGACUGCCUGGCAGAGGCCUCCACUCGCUUUUCAGCCCGGAGCAGGAACCUCUCUGGGGAACCCAGGACCCAUCAAGGCUCCCCUGAGCUCUUAGGUAGUAAGGAGCUCCGGACACCUCUAUUCCGGCCCAAGGACAGUGGCCCCCCAAGCACUUAGCCUCGCCAGCCACUUCAGCACCUGGCUUCCAGUGUUCGGCAACAGACUUUUCCAGCCAGCUUCCUGGAGUCGUCUUGCUCCCCCGGGCACCCUCUCCCAUCUGUCCAUCUGUCCUCGCAGCUUCUGCUCAGCCCCAUCUGUUACAUUGUUCCACAUAUGCAGUUACCUGUGCCUUUUUCUAGACCUUUGGUUGCUUGAAAAGAAAAGAAACAACACAAAUCACACACGUCCAUAAACAAACAAACAAACAAACAAAACCCAUAAGGAGCUUGAGGCUGUGACUAGUUUGUGCUCUGGGGACAAGGCUGUAGGAGGGGCCCCUUCACCUCCUCCACCACAUUCCGCAUUGGCAGAAGUCCCCACCUCCAAGUCCAUGAGAGGGUCUGUUGCAUUAAGGGAGAAGAAGAAAAGGGAGAGGGGUAUAAUUAAGUUCAGAGGCAAGCACUCCUACAGACAGACGCCUAAGAACCCCACCUAUACACCCAGCUAGUAACCCGGAAGCAGAAGGACACAAAUAGAGGCAGGAACCGACCCACCCCUCCCACCCCAGCUGGACCAGAACUUUUUUUUUUUUUCCCACAAGAAUAGGAACAAAAAUCUGCUCUUGCUAGCAUCUCAGUACUGAAGAAUAGCAAGGAGGAGAAGAAUAUUGUAGCGUGAACUGUAGGCCUCCCCUUCUCCCUUCCAUGCCCGACCUUCCCCCAGGGCUAAUAAAGGAGCCCGGGUUGCCUGUCUGCUUUCUCCUCCACACUGGAGGUCUCUGCCUCCUGGGCCCGGCCAUGCACUGGCUCCUUUGUCUAGAAAUACUUGCACAACGAAGAGGCCAAUGCGAGACUAGGGAUGUUCCUAGUCUGGGCAUGUUUUGAGACUAGGGUUUGGAUUCUGUCCCCCCUGGCCCCUCAUUCCCAAAGGAACUAAAUGUUAUACUUCCUUCAUGGCUGGGUCACGUAUGUGUAAUGUAUACACGCACAUAGAAACCAAAGAUGGUGUUUGCUACUUUCUCCAGCCUCCUCAGAUUCUCUUCUCUUGACUUAGAGGAUUUGUGAACUAUCCCAAGUCGUUUGAAUUUUUCUCCAGUUCCCACAGCAAAAAAAACCUGCUUCAAGGAAAAAAAAAAGUAAUAUGGCCAAAAAAUUUAAACCCAAGUUGAAAUAUGGAACUUGGACCGGUUGCAUGAUUUAAAAAACAAGCAAGCAAACAAACCAGGUAAAGCAAGUCUUCUGUAACACAGGUUCUGUGGUUACCAUUUCUAAGACGGUCCAGAAAUAAUUUUCUUUACCUUCUCCAAGGAAGAGAGAGAAAUAAAAGGGACCAUUGUGAGGACGGUCCUCCUCUUGUCCCCAAAUCACAAAGCAUGUUCCAGCCAUGCUGUAUACUGCUGUUACCCUAUACAAAGCAGGAACUUAUCCCUAGACAUCAGACAGGGUGUGUGGCUGAAGGCUCAUGGGAGGGCUGAGCUGCAAGGCUGUGAGCUUCCUGUGUUGGGCCACCCCUCUCCCUCCUUCUAGCUCAUGCCCAUGCGUGGUCCUUGCUGGGUGGGCAAAUCAGCCACAGGGCCAAUGCCCAAGCCAAUCACCUGGUUUGUCCUCUUUGCCUGACUCCAUGCUUAAAAAGUCCGAGUCGGAUAGGGCAGGGCCUCCUCUGCUGUGUGCUGUGCUGCAGGGUGUCAUGGGUAUCAGGCUGGGAGCCUCCCGCCCACCUGGAAGAAGCUGUCAAGGCCAUUGGGACACAGGGAGGGAGAGGGUAGAAGCCUGGGCGCCGGUCAGCCCAAGCUGGAGACCACAGCUUUCCUCCCUUCCACCUCUCAGCCCUAACCCACAGUCCCCACAGACUGGAGAUGCUAAGGGCUGAGCUGGACAAAGAACAUGGCCUCAGUCUGGGUUUGAGGGCUUUCUAGGUGAGAACUGCAGCCUGGCUCCUGACCUUGAGACACCCACACCUCUCCACUCUACACCCAAAACAACUCCUGGAAAUUACUCUCCCCCUCUCCCCCCCUUUCUCAGCAGCCUAAUGACAGACCAUGUGGCCACAGAAUGGAGAGUCCCUACAAUUACUGGCACAGCUGACUCAGGGAAAUGGGGUGUCACGAAGGCUAGGAGUUGGAGACUUGCCUCUAGGUGACAGGGAUAGAAUACAGAGUGUAGCCUGGGCUGGUGCCGCUACCAGGCCCAAUUCUAAGCUCCUCUCCGGAAUGCUCCCCACCUGCCCCCAAAGCACAUGGUGACAGUCUCCACACACCUUCUCUGCCUGGAAAAAAAAAAAAAAAUUCUCACUCCAGGAAUGCGACCUGGGCUUCUCGCCCACAACUAGCCACUUCUGACUUUGCAAUCUUGUGACACUACCGUCAGUGACGACAGCCCAGUCCAGACAUCUGCGUGGGGUCUGCCGACACAUGAGAACAAGAUGGCCCUGUCACAGACCGUCUCUGGCCCUCCUUACCUGUGACAGUUGGGGAGGUCUCAAGUCAAAUCCUGUCCUCUGUGGGUGGUGGUUCCGAGCCAUUCGUCCCUGAGGCCUGACCCUAGAUGCCCUUCACUGGGCAGCCUCACAUCAUUCGGAGUACUGACCCCUUUCACACCAAGGGUAGGCCUGCCUCUUCACACACACCCCCGUCACAGUCGACACUCUGGUCCCAGCCACCAAGACCCUCAUGGGUCCCGACAUGGGUAACUACCUGUUUUUCCAGACACAAAGUCUCGGCCUGCCCCGGCAGGGAGACCUCAUAAGAGAAUGAGCUCCCAGCUUCCUCUAGGUGUUGAUAGCUCCCACCUGGCCCAGGAAGAAGGAAUAUGUCUGAGCUGAAAUCUCCUCCUAGUCCGUGCUCCUGCUGACUCCCGGCGGGGCCAGUCCCGGGAGGCCGAUCGGCUCUGCCCGGUCACCUGAGAACGUUCCCGACGUCAGUGCCGCUAACUCUGCUUCCGUGUUGUGGUUCCUGUCUGCUUGGCAUUUGAAAACCACUUGGGCACUACUGACCGCUUUUACUGAGUGUGGUGGUCAGGAAAAAAAGGGAACCUCGUAGGCAAUUGUAAGAUACUCGCUCUCUGUAAGAUAAAUAUCUGCCUUUGUUUUUCCGAAAGGGUGUACGCUUUCUGUACGUGAAAUCGCCUGUAGGGAGUGUCCACGUUCUUAAAUGGCAAUACAUUCCAGCCCUCGUACUGUAGAUAUGUACAGCAACCGCACUGGAAAGGGGUAGUUUUGCCUGUGGUUUUACUUAAACUCCAGUUUCUACACUUGUAUCUUGCAGUUGUCGGUAUGGUAUUCAUCAGUGCAAAAGAAAAAUGAAACAAAACAAAACAAACAAAAAAAAAAAACUCAAACCAAAAGAAAAAAAAAAAGAAAAAAUAUCUACACAGGUCUAAAGCACAGAGUCUGUUGUACAAAGGAAAGAAUCGCUCAGUAUUGGUGUGUGUGACCCUUGUUGUAAACCCCAUCUGUACUGUGAAUGAGACGUUUUUACAAGUAUAAUAAUUGCCUUUAUUACAGCUUGGGCUGAGUGUUCAGCCUGAAGAUAUUUUUUAAAAAAAUAGCACGUUGGAAUAAAUUUGAAAAUUCCCAACAGA